CUCUACCCACGUCUCUUAUUACUUUAGACUCACUCCUCUUUUAAUUUGUCUUUGUAAAUGGCUCCAGGAACUCUGACUGAGCUUGCCGGAGAGUCUAAGCUCAACUCUAAAUUUGUCCGGGACGAAGACGAACGCCCCAAAGUCGCCUAUAAUAAGUUUAGCGACGAAAUCCCGGUGAUCUCUCUCGCCGGUAUCGACGAUGUUGAUGGGAAAAGAGGAGAGAUCUGCCGUAAGAUCGUGGAGGCUUGCGAGAAUUGGGGCAUCUUUCAAGUGGUAGAUCAUGGAGUCGAUACCAAUCUGGUGUCGGAUAUGACUCGUCUUGCUCGUGAGUUCUUCGCUUUGCCUCCGGAGGAAAAGCUCCGUUUCGACAUGUCCGGUGGUAAGAAAGGAGGGUUCAUCGUCUCUAGCCACCUCCAGGGAGAGGCCGUACAAGAUUGGAGAGAGAUUGUAACGUAUUUCUCGUACCCGGUGAGAAACAGAGACUACUCACGGUGGCCAGAUAAGCCGGAGGGAUGGGUGAAAGUAACUCAAGAGUACAGUGAGAGGCUGAUGGGUUUGGCUUGUAAGCUUCUCGAGGUCUUGUCUGAAGCUAUGGGUCUUGAGAAAGACUCGCUGACCAAUGCAUGCGUCGAUAUGGACCAAAAGAUAGUUGUUAAUUACUACCCAAAAUGCCCUCAGCCUGAUCUCACCCUCGGACUUAAGCGUCACACUGACCCUGGAACCAUCACUUUGCUGCUACAAGACCAGGUCGGUGGGUUACAGGCCACACGAGACGAUGGCAAGACGUGGAUUACGGUUCAGCCCGUUGAAGGAGCGUUUGUCGUCAAUCUCGGUGACCACGGUCACUUUCUGAGCAAUGGGAGGUUCAAGAACGCGGAUCAUCAGGCCGUGGUGAACUCUAACUCUAGCAGACUGUCCAUAGCCACGUUCCAGAAUCCGGCUCCAGACGCCACCGUGUAUCCGCUUAAAGUAAGAGAAGGAGAGAAGCCGAUCUUGGAAGAGCCAAUCACGUUCGCAGAGAUGUAUAAAAGAAAGAUGGGAAAAGAUUUGGAGCUGGCUCGCCUCAAGAAGCUAGCUAAAGAGAAACAUGACCACGAGGAAGCUGCCAAGCCUGUCGAUCCGGACCAAAUCCUUGCUUAAAUUCUUUACUUAUUUUUCUCGGUUACCUGUUGUGUUGUUGGUUCGUUCCGGUUCUGUUUUGUACGUUGGUAUUGCUACGCUCGGUAUGUUUUGUGUACUUUAUUUAUUAUCGUUUCUAAUCAUAUAGAAAUAAAUUACAAUAAUGAUAAUUACUGUACU